CAAUCGCCAUGGCCAACCUGCAGAGUGUUGAGGUGCACCCCACAUGUCUGCGGCAGAUCGCAGCCUGCGUCGAGUGGACCGCAGCUUCCAUCGUCAUGUCUGCUCUGCCAUACGUGGCCCUCAUGAGUGAUAGACGGACACCCUACGCCAUUCUCGCAGCUCUAAACUUGGGAACAGCGUUUGCAGUUUCGUUCCUUCCAGAAUCGGCGUUGCAGAGGCUACCAGAAUCAUUACAGGAUGCUGCCGUCUUCGGCAAAGACCAGAAGUAUUGGAGCUGGAAGCCAAAACCAGCUGCACAGUAUGCCAUCGAGUAAACCCAUUUAGGGAGUUCGUUACACGAAUCUGUCGUUUAUAUACUUUUUCUGAAGAAAAGUGCAAAUUUUUACCCUGUUUGUUAGCAUAGCUGAAGACUACGCCAACAUAUUGGAAGAAUGUGGGAAGACAGUUGUCUCUAGGUCUACAUGAUUCAUUAAAGGUGUCACGAAAUAUUUCUUUAGACUGCACACAUGCUUCAUAAUUCCAUGUAAUAAGGGUUACUGAGUAAAAUAAUGAAUAGUUUUAGCAAAUACGUAGUGUCAGUCAAGAACAGUUCCAGUUGAGAAUAUUGCAAUAGUUUUGCGAAAUUUUGAAUAGCUCAAAUUUUCCCCUUUGUUUUGAAAUGCAGAACCACGUGUUGUCUUAGAAAGUAAAGUUCAUUUAUAAUACUUGGGAAGAACCAGAAUGAUAUAACGUAUUUAUUGAAAAGUUUUCAUUCAAGAUUGUUGGUGAAUAUGUCACAUAAUAUACGAUUACGAAAGAAUGUCGUUCAUUAUGUACAAAACUAUUUGAGAUCCAACGACACUCCCCUCAAGUGUUAUGUUAAAAUUCCCUGCCAAAUAUAUUUAGUCUACACAACACUUUUUAUUUGAAGACAUGUAAUCGGUGGUCCAGGUUUUGUGUCUCCUUGUUUUGGUAUUUAUUAUUUAUUUUUUUAUUUAUACGAAUUGGCCAACUAAGGACCGCGUUACAAAUUCUAUUUCAUUUCUACUUUUUUCUUUCUCUUCUCUCGGGCUGCUGUUCUGCCUGCUGCCAUUUUUGAUAGAUGUUCUGCUGUCAGUUUCCUGUUGGUCUUCGGUUUUGGCUCCUCCUGAAAAACCUCGAAUGCAGUUGUUGCCUUUCUGUACUUGUCCCUGUUCAUUGCGUCCAUUUCUGUAAGCCCAAGUUCUCUGGUGUCUUUCUUUAUUCCUUGCAGCCAAGAGUAGGCUGUUUUCCUCUGUUGAAUUAUACUGAAGAUUUUCUUCGUUAAUUUGCCAACAUCCAUUCUCACCAGAUGACGAAAGAACAUCAGCCUUCUCUUUCUAGUUUCCGUUGUGACUGAUUUAAUAGAUUGAUUUUCAUGGCUCAUCUUUACCCAUUCUUCACCAAAUCUUUGUGUCCACAAACAAUCUUCCUCAUAAUUACUCCUAACUUCUUCUUGAGCUCAUCUAUUAGUGCUUUGUUCUUGAGGGAGAGUGUUUCUGCUGCAUACUGAACUUGUGUUCUCGUCACUGUAUUGUAGUGUAAUAACUUUGCAUUUCGAGACAGGCAUUUUCUGUUGUACAGCUUCUGUGUUAGAAUGUGUGCCCUCCUAAGUUUAGCUACUCGAAGUUUGACACCUUUUCUAUGCCAGUAUAGGUUGUUGUUUCUCCCACAUAUUUAAUUUGACCCUUCUAUAUAUCCAGAAAUUGUGUGCAAUUCUUUGAUUUCCUUAUAUUUGUAAGACAUGAAUUUAGUUAUUUCUUGUGACAUCUGUAAACCAAAUUUGGCUGCACGCUUUGCUAAGAUUUCUAUUUGCUUACUUGAAUCUGCUAAAUUUUGUGGAUAGAAGAGCAAUAUCAUCUGCAAAAACUAGUGCAUGUAUAGUAAGGUCUUUGACUGAUCCUCCAAAGAAACCUUUACUUUUGUUGUCUGUAUUCCUAAAAUGUCUCCCUCAUAAUGUUUUCCAAAUAUGUUGAAUAUAAAUGGGAGAGUCCAUCCCCUUGUCUCAAACCCGUCUGGAAUUUAAAAGGUUCAGAAAUCUUGCCUCGAAAAUUGACUUUGGACUUGGUAUCUGUCAGUGUUUGCUUUACUACCUCUCUAGUUUUUCUGUCAAUUCCAAAUUCCGCCAGAGUUCUAAUGAGGCUUUCUCUGUCUAUGAAGUCAUGCGCUUUUCUAAAAUCAAUAAACGUCGUGACAUGUGGUUGAUCGGCACGUAUUCUAAUUAUAUUUUUGAAGUUCAAUAAUUUGCUCCGAACAGCUCCUCCCUUUUGUAUAUCGACCUUGGUAUUCUCCUAUCUGUGCAUCGAGAACUGGUUCAAUUCUAUUUAGUAAUAUCAUGGAAAGGACCUUGUAUGGAACGAUUAGAAGGAGAAUUCCCCUGUAUUUGUUCACAUCUGAUCUGUCACCCUUUUGUGAAGUGUAGGUAUAAGUGCCGUCCUCCAAUCUUCUUGAUCUUCUCGGUUCUCCAAACUUCCUUAAUGAUUGUACCGUGCUGCAGUGCUACGUUUUGCUCAGCUAGUCUCAAAAAUUCAGCUGUAAUUCCAUCUACACCUGAUGAUCUGUUAUUCUUGAGGGAUUUUGUAGCUUGCCGGACUUAAUUUAGAUAUGAUUCUGCAGGGAUUUCUUCUGGAGUUUUGAAUUCCGGUUUCUCGGGAGGCGCUUCACAGUUGAGAAGGUCUUCGAAAUAAUAUGCUAAAAUGUUGCAGUUUCCUUGUUCAUUAGUAAUUAAUUUCCCUGAUUUGUCGCGAAAAUUUCAACUGGGUGGUGCGUAACAUUUCAGGUAUUUUCUGAAAGAUUCGUAAUAGUCUCUGUAUUUGUUUUGAGUGAAGUACACCUGUAAUUGUUGAAGGGAUGGUCUUUAAUACACUCUCUUGUCGUUUGUGAUUGUGUAGAAGGCUAUUUUUCUAACUUCUGUGAACUUUUUGAUGUUGUUUUGUCUUGCAUUUGAUUUAAAUUUUUCCCAAAGCUUUUGCCUGUUUUUGCAAAGCUUCAUUGCACUUUUCGUUCCUCUGUUUGGUUUUGGUUGGAAGAGAUUUUUCUGCAGCUAUCAUUAUUUGAGACUUCAUUUCUUCCCACGUCUCACCUCACUAUUUCGAUUUGAAAUAACUUUGACUAUCUGCCUCAUGAUUCCUGGUUUCAAAAUGCUUUCUCAUAUGUUUAUUAUUAUUUCUUCCAGAAUUUGGGUGAAUUUAAUCUUAUACUUAACAAGAUAGUAAUCCGUAUGUAUUUUGACUCUUUUCUGUACCUUAAUAUUUGUUGGAGCAUGGGCAUCGAUUAGCGUAUACAUUUGGUUUUUACACUUUAUCUUCAAUGUUGAGACCCUGUAGGACGUAGAGCUGAAGUUUGUUAUGGGCUCCAUUAUAUUUCUUCUUUUCCAAAGAUAUAUUCUGCUGGUUUUCCUUUAGAAAUCCUGUAAUUGCCCGCUUGAAAAUAAUUUUCAUGGGUACAGCGAGUUUCUUAUAGCGCCAGAAGUUGGAUAUUGUGGCGGUCAAGUGCUUGAGUCAGUUCUUGAUGUUUUCCUAUUUUGAUCAGUGACUUAAUGUUCAUUGUUCCUAUAUUAUAUUUCUCCUUGAAUUUCAGUCUUUCAGAUUCUUUCGAUAAAACAAGAGCCGAAAGUGCAGCCUCCCCAGAAUCCGAAAUGCCUGCUUGCGACCUGAGGUUGAGAGAAUUUACUCCCUCGGUAAUUUGUUUUCCACUUAUAAUCGAUUAAAUUUUGUAAGGUUGGAGUGAUGGAGUUUUCCGUAGAUUGCUCGAGAUACAACUGGUGUCUUACUCCAGAGGGUUGUUGUUUGGUCCGCGACAGCUGUUAUUAUUUCGUUCAACUCCGCUGGCAGACCAGUGAGGGCCAACACCCCUACACCCCCCCCCCCCAAACACACACCCAUCCCCACCCUAUUCGCCACGUCGGAGUUGCACCUCUCCACCCGUUACAACAGCGAAACAUCUUCGUGGGAUUUCGAUGCUUAGCGUCACUGAAAAAGAUUCUGUAGACCACAGGAUAGUCAGACAUGGAGCACAUUCUUACACAGAUAGGUAGGAGAAACAUUAUCGAACUUGAGUUUUCGAUUGGAAUUAUCGCGGCAGUCGUCUUAACUGAAAAAAGGAGACAAAAAGAACUACAUCGCAAUGGCUGGGUAGUAUGUUUCUCUCGAGUGUUAGUUCAAUUUUGUAUCCAAUGUGCCACCACCUUUGAUCUUACAUUUACAAGAGAUUAAUUUGCUUGAAAAUUCUCUAUUUAUUGCCGAAAUUUCAGUGAUUAGUAUUGUAAACGAUCAGGAGAAGACCUGUUUUGUGUACUUUACACAAGUGAGACUGGACCAAGAGUCGAUAUCCACGACGACUAUCCUACGGCACGAUUUGAAACUUCAUCAUCAGCCAAUAAUUACCUUUGUGCAACACCAUUUCCUCAUAAAUAGUACAUAUUCUACAAAGUUCUUUAUGCUGCUGUAAGAGAUAAAAACCGGUAACAAGUAAUUAAAUGCCUAUUUCAUUCUU